UUGAGCCGGUUUAAAAUUAGUUGUUGUUGUUGUCUUUUUUUUUUUUUUUUCCGCCCCCUUGAUGGCCAUCAAGAGAGGGAUGGAAAGAGGAGAGGAGGGAGAGAGAGUGUGUGUGUAUGUGUGAGUGUGAGAGAGUGAGAGGGAGAGAGGGGGAUAGAGAGAGUGUGUGAGGGAGAAAGAAAAAUAAUCUUUUCAAAUCUCCUCCCUCUUUUUUUUCCCCCCUCGUUUCUUUGCUUUUCUCUAAAGCUCUGUGGUCUGUGAAACAGUCUUUUCUUCCUCCUCGUCGGGAAAAUGGAGACACUUCGUCUCUCUCCUGGCUGUGCAGCUGGGAAGGAUUUUUCUUUUCUUUUUUCCUUUUUCGCUCAUGGCUUGAUUUUUUUCUUUCCCCCUUCCACUCGCCACCACCCUAAUCUUGUCUUUUCUUUGAGCUUGUGUCUCAGAGUUGUACCUGCUGGGGAUUUAUUUUUCACUAAUUUCCUCGUUUUCGGUGUCGCCACUAGAUUUGAUUUGAUUUGUUUGGUUUUUUAUUUGCAAUUUCCUCCGAAUCGCUCCGUGCCUCCUGCGUUUAACCGAGGAAUGGAAACGGUGCCGCUUUUUGUGGGUGCGCGAAAUGCUCGGGCGAGAAUGCAAAUGAGGUCUGGUUGUUCCUGUCUAGGAGUUUCCUUCACUGAAUCCGAGGCUGCCUGUUGGAUAGGAACCUGAGGGAGAACUGACAGGUUGUCAUGGAUGAUGAUGAUGAUGAAUCCUGUCUCCUUGAUCUUAUUGGGGACCCACAAGCGCUGAAUUAUUUUCUACAUGGACCUAGUAGUAAAUCUAGCAAUGAAGACUUGACUAAUGCAGAAUAUUCUGUAGCCAACUCAAAUUCAAUUUUCGCCAACUCCAAUAACACUGAUCCUAAGUCGUCUGUAAAAGGUGUAAGUGGUCAGCUUGGAGAGGGGCCUAGUGAUGGACUGCAGCUGUCCAGUAGCCUUCAGUUUCUUGAAGAUGAACUUGUGUCUUCUCCUUUACCUGAUCUUACUGAGGAUCAGCCUUUUGAUAUUCUUCAGAAGUCCUUGCAGGAGGCCAAUAUUACUGAACAGACUUUGGCGGAAGAGGCAUAUUUGGAUGCCAGUGUAGGUUCUAGCCAACAGUUUGCACAAGCUCAGCUUCAUCCUUCUUCAUCAGCAUCCUUUACUCAGGCUUCUAAUGUUUCUAAUUACUCAGGUCAGACGUUGCAACCUAUAGGAGUUACUCAAGUGGUACAGCAACCUGUUGGAGCAUCUUUUGCAAGCAAUACAGUUGGUGUGCAACAUGGCUUUAUGCAACACGUCGGAAUUAGUGUUCCUGGCCAGCAUUUGUCUAAUAGCAGCCAGAUUAGUAGUUCUGGGCAGAUACAGCUGAUUGGUUCAUUUAGUAAUCAACCUUCCAUGAUGACCAUCAAUAACCUCGAUGGAUCUCAGAUAAUACUGAAAGGCAAUGGUCAGCAAACACCUGCAAACAUGAGCAGUGGCCUCUUGGUCCAUAGACAAACUCCAAAUGGGAACUCGCUGUUCAGUAACUCAAAUUCAAGUCCCGUAGCACAACCUGUAACUGUUCCAUUUAACAGCACAAAUUUUCAGACUUCAUUGCCUGUCCAUAAUAUCAUCAUUCAAAGGGGUUUGGCACCAAACUCUAACAAAGUUCCUAUUAAUAUCCAACCAAAGCCUAUUCAGAUGGGUCAGCAGACUGCUUACAAUGUGAAUAACUUGGGAAUACAGCAACAUCAUGUACAGCAAGGGAUUCCAUUUGCUUCUGCAAACUCACCUCAAAGUUCAGUAGUUGGUCCUCAUAUGUCUGUUAAUAUUGUUAAUCAACAACAAAAUACAAGAAAAUCAGUUACACCUCAGACAGUUAGCAAUGCUGGAGGUAGUAUUGUUAUCCAUUCUCCUAUGGGACAGCCUCACGCACCUCAAAACCAGUUUCUCAUACCUACAAGUUUGUCUGUUAAUUCUAAUUCAGUUCAUCAUGUCCAGGCCAUAAAUGGACAACUUCUUCAGACUCAGCCUUCCCAGCUGGUUCCCGGCCAAGUGUCUGCUGAGCACGUAAUGCUCAACAGGAACUCUACAAACAUGCUAAGAGCCAACCAAUCGUAUUCAGGACAGAUGCUGAAUAAUCAGAACACAGCUGUUCAGCUUGUUUCUGGCCAGACAUUCACAGCUCCUGGAAACCAAGUUAUAGUAAAUCAUGGAACUUCCCAAAUUGUUGGUGGACAGGUGCCACUGCAGCAGGCGUCGCCAACGGUGUUGCAUUUGUCACCCAGCCAAGCGAACGUUUCCCAAGGCAGGUCGAGUUUCACCACCAUGUCACCUGGGCAGUCCACAGCCUCAAGUAUGCCAGCUCCUGGUCGAUUUGCUGCUGCCAGUUCUUCUGGUUCCGUGCUCCCCAGCCUGGGAGCAUCCGUUCAGUCUGUCGCGUCGGGAGGGAACUUCACGGGGGAUCAGCUGGGCCAGAACAGAGCUCAGGUUGCCGUCAGCGCGUCGCAUCGUCUUCCAGCAUCCUCCUCCAAGUCUGUCAGCACCUUCAGUCACACGUCUGUGGGAGUAACACAGCAACAGUUUGCCUUUGGUCAGAAAAAGGCUGUGAACCAGACAUCACCAGUUUCUGCAUCGAAGACACAGGACAAUUUGAGGCAGCCUCAGCUAACAAAUCUUCUGAGCAACACACUAUCAGGACAGGACUCUGGAGGAAAAAUCAUACAACAAUCUCUAGGAACAGCACAGCCACAAGAAAAAGUGAUAGGAUCAUCAUCAGUUCAGCAGAGUAUACAGGUCGAUGGUCAUUUAGUUGGACAGAAAAGGCCUGCUGCUAAACAGUUAACUAAAGGAGCUUUUAUUCUGCAGCAAUUACAGAAGGAUCAGGUACAUGCUGUGACACCAGAUAAAAGUCGGUUCAGAUCAUUAAAUGAUGCAGUUCAGAGACUCCUUUCUUACCAUGUGUGCCAGGGAUCGCUGCCAACAGAAGAAGAUUUAAGAAAAGUGGACAGUGAAUUUGAAUCUGUUGCUACACAACUUCUGAAGAGGACACAGGCUAUGCUGAACAAAUACAGAUGUUUGCUUAUAGAAGAUGCAAUGCGGAUAAAUCCCUCUGCAGAAAUGGUUAUGAUUGAUAGGAUGUUUAACCAGGAGGAAAGAGCAUCUCUGACCCGGGAAAAGCGUCUUGCACUUGUGGAUCCUGAUGGUUAUCAGGCCGAUUUUUGUUGUUCUGCCAAACAAUUUGAGAAAGCAGCUGAAGAAGCUCAGUCCAGCAAAAGUGACCAUCAGUCUAGCAAAACAUUACCUUCUCGAAGUCAAACCACCAAAACCCAAGCCAGAGACCGACCAAAAUCCAGCUCAGCAGAGUCCACAAAUCACAGUAAACUUCCUAUAGUGCCUAACAACAUUCUGACACCACAAGAAGGAAAAGCUUCUACUAAAAAAUCCGAGAGCCUCACUAAAGCUUUAAAGUUUGAAAAAGCUAAUUGUUCUUCUGAGAGCCAAUAUGUGGCCCUUUCUGAAGAAAGGAUGAGUGGGAAAGAUCUUGCCAAGUCCACUGAGAAUUCUUCGAGUUCUGAAGACUUGUCAAAAAUAGUGUCAAGAGGCAGUCAUGGAACACACAAUAAAAUAUCAAGGAAUGCAGUUCAGUCUUUCUCCAAGGUAACGUGUAAUAAUUCACUUCAAGACAAAACUCUGAGGAGCUCUCCAAAGAAUGAGGUUUUGCAUCCUGCUAACAGGAAAAGCUCUGAUGAACCCCAGGAAGACUUACUGCUCAGUAAGAGUUUAGAAACUACAUUUAAAAACAUCUUGGAACUUAAAAAAGCUGGGAGGCAGCCACAAAAUGAGGCAGCAAGUAGUGGCUCCGUUGAAUUAGAGUUCCCUAAUUUUUCACCUAUCGCUUCACAAGAGAACUGCCUGGAAAAAUUUAUUCCAGACCACAGUGAAAGUGUUGUAGAAACUGACUCUAUUUUAGAAGCAGCUGUAAAUAGUAUCUUAGAGUGUUAAUAGUUACAGUACCAUGGACAAGUUAUGUUUCUCUUAGCAGAAGCAAAUGUGAAUGACACCACAAGUACAGCCUGACAUGCAUUUAAGGUUAACCUUUCUAAACUAGAUUCUGUUCUGUGUUUGAGAGCAAUACUCAUUGUGGUUACAGUGAGAUAUCCAAGUAAAGUUAAUCCUUGUUAGAAUGCAGUCUGUUAGGGCCUUACUGUUUCAAGUAUUAUUAUGAUAGUGCUUUUGAUUAUUGAGCAGUACUGCAACGUAACAGGGUUGCAGGUUGUUAGGCCCUACAUAAUACGGUAAUAUACUGACAAUCACAGUCAUUUGAAAGGAUAUAUUUAUUAAGAAAAUGUUUUUAAAGAGUGAUGGAAGCAACAAUUCUCCCCUACCCUUCUCUUCACAAAUCAUCAAAAUUUUAAUUUUUCUGGAAAACCCACUGUACCUCUAUUCAGAAGUGAUUAUUUGCUUUGUUAAUGAAUCUGUAUUCUAGGAUUCUUAAGUUGGAAGGAAAUCAUCAGUGUGUUUACAAGGCUUCAUAAUUUAAACUUUAAGUGCUUUUCUAUUGCUUUCUGAGCAGAAACUAGUACUUGAUAUAUUUGUAGUGGGUAACUUUAGUCUGUGGGAUGAUAUUAUAUGAUCUUAGUCACAGUGGCAUGAUAUGAAGUAAUAAAUGCUCGACUAAGGAAGGUAGAACGGAAGCCAGUAAAUAGCAAAGUGUACAGGAUGAGGCCAUGAUAGAGCCAUGAAUUUAUAUAUAUAAUACAUAUAUAUGUUAUCUCUUGAGGAAAAGAUUUUGCAUUUUAUAAUUGGAUGUAGUCAGCCUUGAGUCUUUCUGAAGUGGUAUAAAUGUUUUUUUUUAUUUGUUGGUUUGUUUUUUUUUUUUAGACCAAGUGUCAAAAGCACUUUGAUUUGAAAACUGUAUUUGUAGCUUAUAUUUUAAGAGGAUGUUAGCCUUACUCUGAGUAAAUUUAAAGGCCAGUGUUUAUUUUUGAUUCUUUUUGCUUUUUGCUGUCAGAGAAUGUUAAAUCAUCCACCGUAGCAGUCAUUAUUAUCAAGAUAUGUACAGACCAAAGUUGAUCAGCAAUCCCAUUGUUUAAACAUAUCAAAAAAAUGUGUAAUUAUUAAUUCAUAUUGUAAAGCCAAGUGAAACCAUUGCAUGGUUUGCAUUUGGCUUGCUGUCAUGUUGUUAAGAUAGAAUCUUAUUAUUUUAUUUAUUUAUUUUAAUCUAUGACUUUUUUUGCUGCCCAUGCUGCUUUGUUCUAGUUUACUUUGGUCAUGAGUGCUUCUGUGCACAUAAGCGCGCUGACGUUGGUCACGUGUGUGUAGUACAUAUGUCUGCUCAGGAGGAUACAGCUUUUGUGGUUUCUAAGGUAUGCUCAUGUGCUCCCCCAGAACUUCUCCACCAUUUCUCAGAAACAUGACCAGCCCUUUUCCACA